AUGUUAUCUGGGUUGAUGAACUUUUUGAGGGCCUGUUUUCGGCCAAGGGCAGAUCGUUAUGUUCACUCGGGUUCGGAUGCCGGUGGUCGUCAGGAUGGGCUUCUUUGGUAUAAGGAUACAGGACAACAUUUUAAUGGAGAGUUUUCUAUGGCGGUAGUUCAAGCCAACAAUUUACUUGAGGAUCAGAGCCAACUAGAAUCUGGUUGCCUGAGCUUGAAUGAAUCUGGGCCGUAUGGAACUUUUGUGGGGAUUUAUGAUGGGCACGGUGGUCCAGAGACUGCACGGUUUAUUAACGAGCAUCUGUUUCAACAUCUGAAGAGGUUCACUGCAGAACAUCAAUCUAUGUCAGUGGAGGUCAUCAAGAAGGCUUUCCAAGCGACGGAAGAUGGAUUUUUCUCGGUUGUGAGCAGACAAUGGCCUAUGAAACCGCAAAUUGCAGCCGUUGGAUCUUGCUGCCUUGUAGGAAUUAUCUGCGGUGGGACCCUCUAUAUCGCUAACCUUGGUGAUUCACGCGCUGUUUUGGGGAGACUUGUUAAAGCGACGGGGGAAGUGCUUGCUGUUCAGCUCUCGGCAGAGCAUAAUGCGAGCAUAGAGUCUGUUAGACAGGAACUUCAGUCUCUACACCCUGAUGACCCACAUAUUGUAGUUCUAAAGCAUAAUGUGUGGCGUGUGAAAGGACUUAUACAGAUCUCGAGAUCAAUUGGAGACGUGUACCUGAAAAAGGCUGAAUUCAACAGGGAGCCGUUAUAUCAGAGAUUCAGACUUCGCGAACCUUUCAAAAGACCAAUCUUAAGUGCAGAACCAGCGAUUUUGGAGCACCAAUUGCAGCCUCAUGAUCAGUUCAUCAUAUUUGCAUCAGAUGGCCUCUGGGAGCACUUUACCAACCAAGAAGCAGUUGAUCUCGUCCAAAAUAGUCCACGCAAUGGAAGCGCCAGAAGAUUGGUAAAAGCCGCACUACAGGAGGCGGCAAAGAAGAGGGAGAUGAGGUACUCGGACCUGAAGAAGAUCGACCGUGGGGUCCGCCGGCAUUUCCACGACGACAUGACGGUUGUGGUGGUUUUUCUCGACUCGCACCUCGUGAGCAGGGCUAGCUCGGUCAAGAGCCCCACAGUGUCCGUGAAGGGAGGUGGAGUCACACUGCCUACAAACUUUCUAGCGCCAACCGAACCUUCUGCCACCUGA